AUGUGCAGCGAUGCAAUCCUCGCCGAGCUCAUACCGAGCGCGCCGGCAAGGCGCAUCUCGACGGUCCACCUCUUUCCCAAGCAGCGGAGGGUCGACAGCUUCGAGGCUGCUUUCAAGCGCUUCGACGAGGACUCUGAGGAGGAGGAGGUGCUCCAGUGCGCGGGUUUCGAGUUUGGCGCCCACAGGCAGCCGGCAGCGAGGCCGGCGCAGUUCAGAGGCAUCCGGCGCCGGCCGUGGGGCAAAUGGGCGGCAGAGAUCCACGACCCCAUCAAGGGCGUCCGGGUCUGGCUCGGCACCUUCCCCUCCGCCGAGGCCGCCUCGCACGCCUACGACGCCGCCGCCCGCAAUUUUAGCGGCGCCAACGCCAGGCUCAACUUCCCCUCUUCGUCCACGAGCGCACCCAUGCGCCGCGUGGCCGCGAAGGCGACGCCAUGCCUUGUUGUUGACCUCGUCGAUGACGAAGAGGAUGAUGCCGAAGCAGUUGAUGCCGGCGGGAUGAGCUCCGGAUCCAGCGGCACCCUGCCAGUCUUCUCAUGGCAGGGCAGGUCCACGUCCAACGAGAUCAUGGCGCAAUAUGUUCAUGCUAAAGUGGAGUCCGGCCAGUCCGUCGUCGACCUAGGCAGCGCCAAGAAGCGGCCCCGGCUUGAAGCCGACGCGGUUCUGCCGGCGGUGUCCGACGAUUCCGCCAACAACCAACUGUUAGACCCUUUCCUGUUUGACCAAUUCAGUUUCUUGAACAGCAGCUCGUACGGGUGGCUAGAUAGCCUGUUCAGCGCCGAUGUCGCGAAGAUCGAUGACGGGCAGCUGGGGUUAUGGACCUUUGGCGACGAUGACCAUCUCGCCGAGGACAAAGCUCGGCGCGUGCAAGGUGUCGCGUCGGCCCUCGCCUUCGGCGACAAGGUUGAGGAGUGGCGCUGCGAAGCCACUGUACAGGAGCGCAUCUAUAUCGAACUCUCCGACGACGACGACGACGACGACGACUGA